AUGGAAGAGCUUGUUUCCCAACUUGAAAAAAGAUGCAGCAUUGAACGCAUUGGUUUUGGCAGAGGUACUGUAUAAUGUGCUAAUGGUGGAUUUUAAUAAAAUACACGCACAAGGACAGUAACUCUGAAUAACAUUUUGAUUUAAUGAAUUUUUUACGUUUCGACUUGUUUGUAUUCAUCAAUAACAAUUUAAUAAACAAAUUAUAAAUUGAAAUGCAAAAAAAAACUCAAAUUAAAAUAUUUGUGCCGAUAGAAAACCAUCGGCAAUAUUUAUAUAUUUAUUAAUUACCAUUAAUUAUUCAACUUGGAGUGCAACUGCCCCUGCUGCCCUCCCGCCUCUGUGUACAGCCCUGUAAUAAUAUACACUUAUACUCAUUCCAAUUCUGUAGAGUGUAUCAGGUCUCAUAUACAAUGGGCACAUGAGAAAAACAGAAGACUUAGUGAUGGAUAUGACUACAAGGUACUGUAUAACUUUUCUUUCACCAAACAAUUUACUUAAAUUCUGAGUGGCCAAGGGUGGAUUUUCAUUUAUUUAAAAGGAGGGGUAGAAAAAUUUCUGGUGGGGUGCAAGCGGCACUACUCAGUGAGCUUCGACAGGGGUUAGGUGUAUGGGUUAAAGCCUUUCGCACAAUAGGAGGGUUGAAGCGAAAUUUUGGUGGGGUUGAAUACUUUAUUAGAGGGGAUAGUGAGAUUCUAACUAGUGGGGUUUAACCCCCCCCCCCCCAGUAGAUCCGCCUAUGUGAGUGGCUAUCAUAAAAUAUGUUCACAAUUGAAUGCUUUUAAAGUAAAUGAUAAAUACAUGCAGUUUAGUAUAAAAGUAUUUGAACAGAACUAAAACAGUCAAACCUCUAAAUAUCGAUGUCGAUUGGGAUAUAGAAAAGUGAUCAUUUUAGAGAUCUAGGCUAGCUGUCCAUAUUAUAACAGUCACUGCGUGGUUUACGACAUCACUUGGAAGACAUCACUGUUAAGGCCUUUGCUCAACUGAUUAGUACUGUACAUCUAAGAGUGAUAAUUACAAUGUUGAAGAAAGUACUCGCUCUUUAACAUUUUUUCUUCGUAACUGUUAGACUAAGUAUACACCUAAAUAUACUGUACCUUAUUAGUCUUUUACCAGGUUAAAUUUUCCCGCUGUGACUAAGACCAGAAUUUCCCAGAAUUUCAUUAUGCAUAAGGUCUAUUGGAGUGAAGCUUAUCAUGCAGAAGUAUGUGUACAGUACUAGUUGGUUUACAUAUAUGUAGGAUUGCAUACGCAUUAACUUUCUCAAUUUAACUGAAAUACACAUAUGUUUGUUUCACUCCUUAUAUUUAAGUACACACCAAUUGUAUUAAUCUAAUUCUUGCUUCUUAGGCUAAAUUCAAACCGGCAAAAAGAGCCAGAUCGUCUUCUAGUGCUUCCGAUUCCACAACGUUGUCUUCAAAUACCACAGAGUCUGAUAGUGAAGGUACUGUGCUUUGAGUCUGUAGCUGUUUAAUUUACAGUUGUAUUAAUACUUCUCCUGAUCUAAGUUUUGCAACAUUGACAUCUGUGACAUGCUCUGACUCACUAUCAACACGGGUUUCCCCUUGAUGAGUAAAAUUGUCUGGUCUUACAUUGUAGAUGGAGUGAAAUAACCUAGUGAAAGUGUGAAAUAAUUAUUUGGUAUUGAGUUUUGACAUCUACAGUAUGUGUUUAAUUAAUUAAUAACUACUUGUCAGGUCAACUUUGUUUUCAUUGAAAGAAAAACCUGCUUAAUUAAAACUAAAUUCAAAGAAUCCCAGUUUUUAUAUAACUUUUUAAGCUAACUAGAGACAGUGGUGGCCUAAGUUAGUUUUUGUGAGGGAGGAAAACCGGAGUACCAGGAGAAAAACCCUCGAAGCACAGGAGAGAACCAACCAAACUCUACUUACACGAGUUGAUAAGCGCAAUGAAGUAACUCAACCAAAGUAACUCCGGUGUUCUUGACCUGCAGUAACAUGCUUAACUCAGUGGUAAGAGGCAGCACGCUUAGCCAACAUGUUUUGUGUUACUAUGCUUAGUAUACCAGCAGACAUACUGCUAUUUGCAAGCUACAUGUACCAUGAGACGUGGUUUUAAGUGGAAAUCGUCAUGUUUUAAAGCAAACCAAUCAACGUUUGCUCAUUAUCUUGGAAAAUGUUGAUUGGUUUGAUUUAAAACAUGACGAUCUCUGUUUAAAACCAUUAACGUUUGAAACACAGGCCUUAAAAUAUCUUUUACAGGGCCGUCUGACAAAAUGUCCGGUGACGUUGAGUUUGGGUCGGAAAUAAAUCUGAAUGACACAAAUGAAUAAACGGUAAAUGUUGUAAAGAUAUUGAAUAAUUUGUUAUUCAUACUUAUUUCCAAGCCAAAAUUAACUUGCUUGCCAGAACAGCAGUUUUAUAAAGACUUCGACAACUUAAGCCUGUUUUCCACUUCACCAUUUCGCUCGCCGCCCUGCGCUCGACUACGUUAAGGGAGCAUUCAUUUUUUAGCUGGGGGGGUGGGGUGGGCCGGAGAAAUUUGGGGGUGGGUCAGCCAAUUUUGACAUGCUUCAAAGGGGUGGGUCUUUUUAUAGCUUUGGUAUAAAUGGAGGGGGUCAUAAAAAUAAUCAGUGAAAAAAUCACCAAUAUGAUUUUAUUGAAUUUGGAAAUAUUUGGAUCAAGAAUGGUAAAAAGGUCCAGAAUCUAUCAACUAUAUCUCGUAUCUAUAACAAUGAAGCAAAAUUCAUUUGAUGCUCUGUUCACACAGUCCAUAGGAAAACAUUUCCAUGACAUUCGUCAAUUGACUUCGUUUUUAUCCGUUUUUGUGUGAAAACAUGAAUGAAAGAAAACACAGGACCGUAGCAUGAUUUCAAAAUCAUGCAUGAUUUCAAGGUCUGCAUGACUUCAAAAUCUUUAAGCUUUAUUAAUUUUAAGCGGCUACAUUAUCCAUGACAAACUGCAAAGAAUGAAGAUAGUACCCACAGUUUCCUGCAACUUAUCCUAGUUAUCCAACAUAUAGUAAAUUAAAUACGCCUUCGCCCAUUUAGUACUACCAAAUUGUCAAUUUCAACAUACUAAAAUGCUGUUUUAUGACCAUCAGAAUUGUGUCAAAUCUUCCCCCAAAGGCCAGGAAAUGGCAUUCAGAGACUCUAGAUUUAAAAAUUUCCUCGGGCCUUCAGCCCUCGCUUUCAGCCCGUAAUAAAAAAGAGCUUCCUACAGCCCUGAAACGCUAUGGAAACGACACCGUGUGGAUUAAUAGUUAGGAUGAGGGGUCAAAAAAUUUUCAGUAAAAAAAAUAGGGGGUCAUAAUUUUUUAUCAACUUUUGUCUUGGGGGUUCCAAGUUUUCGCAUGGAAUUAGACAUCAGUUCCUCCGGCCCACCCCCCAGCUAAAAAAUGAAUGCUCCCUAAAACAACAUUUCCAGUUCACCUUUUAUACAAUAAUACUCUGAUUUUCCAUUUAACAUACAAGUCUCUAGUCCUGGGCUAGGGUACAUUUUGAUUUACGUCGGACAAAGCUACAGUUUGGUCGGACAUCAAUACACUCGGGUCGGACAAACAAUAAACCUCAGUUUCACUUAGGUUGGAGAGAAUGUCUGGUGGUUUCCUCUCUACAUCGGACAAUUUCACGAAUGGGUCAGACAAUGUCCGUGACCGACCGAUAUUUUAAGGCCUGUUAAAAAUUCAUAAACCUUGUGGCAAAUCAUGUCAGCCAUAAUAUGUCACGUGGAGUGACUUUAUAUCUGAAAACUCAUCUUCAUUAGCAUUCUUUAUAUAAUUCUUCAUCCUAAUUAGUAUGGUUAUAUAAUUGUUCAUCCUAAUUAGUAUUCUUUUGUAGUCGUAUUUUAAGCUAUUCAAAACACUCGAACUCGCGUUUUAUCAUAUCUAAAACGCUUGGCUGUGCCUCGCGUUUUAAAUAUGAUAAAACACUCCUUCUCGUGUUUUAAAUAGUACAUAAGCGAACAUGUUUUAAACCCCAGUAUAUACUAUAAACUAAUGAAAUGUAUAUUUUAAUUUAUUGUAUUGUAUUUAUAUUGUACUCCAUGAGUAUUAAUUAAGUGGUGAGCAUAUAUCCACAACUGAACAAGGAAUUUAAUGUACAUUAUUUUGUUCUAGAUGAUGAGAAGCAAGAGCAGAUAUUUCUGAUGAUGGAAAAAUCAGCAAAGAAAAUCAUUCUAAGAGCAUUCAAUCUUUGCGAUUUGCGAUUUGCAAAGCCUAACCAUGAAAAAACAUCUGGUUCCAUUAAGUAAAGUAGUCAAUGUUAAACACCGGUCGAAAGGAAAAUACCAGUUAUUGUUACCUUUGGCAAAAAAGUUAGUGGAAGCAGGUCAUAUUAAGAUUAAUGUUGACGAUGAUAAGGUGAACUACCGAAACCUCAAACGAAAUGAUUUGGAGGUCAGCAGUGACCUUAAACUGUUGAUUGUGAAGCACAUUGUGCUACUUCUGAUGAUGCUAAGGGAGAUCUAUCAAAAAGCAACCAUGGAUAUAGUCAAUCUCCACAUAUUGUGAGUACCAGUAGUGGUGAUGAAG